GAUGCAGAAGCAAAAAUGUUGUAUCCACAUGUAGUAGGGACUGUGAGAGCUUUCUAACCCUCAUUUAUCCCUUGGGUCGGUUGUCAUCUUGUCUUUUCAUUUUACUGAUUUCGUAGCGGUAUACUAAUUCGACACCGAGGAAUGUGAGAAGCAGUGAAACGACGGACACGCGAAAUUUCAAAAACACAGUCCAGUAAAUUCUCCCCGAUUGUCCCUCGGCUUGUAAACAGAAAUGGACAAUUUGGUAAGAGGGGUUUACGAUUAUUAAUAAUAAUAAUUCUCCAUUAUCGUUUACAAGCUGCCGAAGGACGAUUGGGGAGAAUUUACUGUGCACCGAUGACUUUACCGGCUCAAAUUAGACAACUAUACCUUAAAUAACAGCAACAACAGAAAGAGCAAUUGUAUUUAUCCGCCGUAGAUCACUUAAGUCGAACUUUCCGCAUAAUAUCCCUAAUCGAGGCCCCCAUUUUCAUUCUCAAUUCUUCUUCAUACUUGCGUCAUCCUUCGUAAUCCUGCAUUUAAAGGCAGGAGGCAAAGGCGUCGGAACCUCGUGGGGCCUCUUUUUUUGUUCCUUUUGUAAUAAUGGCGACGUAAAUCGUUUCGAAAGCUACGGUGAACAACCUCGUGGCACACGGAUCCGGAUUUCGUCGCGCCACAGAUUUCAAUAGAUCGUUUCAUUGAGGAUAAUGCUGUUCAUUAUCAUCGAAAGCGCGUCUGCGAUCAACAAAGACCCCGUGUGGGCAAUUUCGUGGCCGAGACAACGGUAGCCAUCGGGCGAUCUUGACCACGGGCCGCGGACGCCCGCGUGACCACGUUGAAUGAGCGAUCUGUCGAAAUUACAAUACAAUGGUCCAGAAGAGCCACUUGACGAAUACUCGGUAAAUGAGUCAGCCCUGCCAGAGUAGCCGAAUAAGGCCCGUGUGAACCUCGUGUUCCGACACCGACACCACGGCGUAAACGAGAUGCCUUCGGAAAAUGCAGUCAAGGCUGCAACUCGGCCACGACACGAGGUAAAAAAGGUCGCGUCUUCGAGGUGGUCAUUGCACCUUGAAACCCUGAAAACCCAACUCAACUUUGCGACAACGUCUAUUCUCGACGUCGUACGACAGAACAAUUUCAAUGAAAUUCUGUAGAAAGUUGUGAUACAUAGCCUACAUUUCUGUAGGAAUAAACUGAAUUAUGUACGAAACGUUUAAGCAGGUUCUUGUUUUACUGACGACGCGAUCGAGAGAAUUUAUGGCGCCUCGGAUUUCCACCCCCUACGACGACGUAGCGUGAUUUCUUGGAAACAACCAUUCAUUAAUAACAAAACAGUAAAUAAAUAUAACCUGAAUUCAACAUUUUGAACAUCUCGCUGGGCUCCAUUUCUAUCAAAUCAUUUUACUGCUACAUAUUGCACAUUUUUGUGUUCAGCCGAUUGAUUUGCCAAUGAAAUUUACGGUAUGCGAUGAAACUUGAUUUACGUAACGGAAUCGUGUCCACGUUUGCGUUCGACAGCCGAAAGAGGGGGAAGGAGAUUUGGACGAAACAUGGAGACUAAGUACACGGCAGAUGACUAUCUUACCGAAGUGUCAGAUUAUUCCGAUUAUCAAAUAUGGCCGCCAGAUGACGAAGAAGAAGGCGAAUGGUACGAGUACGAAGCAGAGGGGAAGGAGUUCGACGAAAGAGUCGAAGAAAAGGAAAAAGUGAAAGAGAAAUUAAAGCCGCCGGAAUUGAUAGACAUAUACGCGGACCUGUUUUCGAAAUUUCGCGAUAUAGGGGCCGAGAGAAUCGCGGCCAAGACUGAAGAAAGGAAGGAGAAACUGCGCCAGCUAAUUGGUCUGAAGGAAGAAACCGAAGGAUCCGAGGAGACCUUGAUCACGCCGGAAGAUGAAUCCGACAAGCGUAGUGAGGAAUCCUCAGAGGGCUCUCUCUACAAUUGUCUCAGACAUAUCGAGAUCAGCAACUCCCAGUUGAAACUGCGGAAUCUUCACACCUCGUUUCCAGUGCCCGAUGAUCCUGGCAUAACACCUGCGUUCUGGAUCUUGCAAGAGCAAACAGACAGCUAUAGCAACCACGGUGUACAAUUUUUUAAAGCCCUGGUAGAGAAAGCCAAGCUUCAGCAUAUAAAGGUGUUGGAAAAGAUGCUGCUGUCGAACAAAAUCGAUCUGCAGUACUAUGGAAUAAAUCCAAGGAUUGUCAGACCCCUCUGCGAGGCUUUGAUGAUGAACCAUACGGUGGAAAUAGUCGACCUUACGGGAAACCGGCUAUCAGAGGAUGCCUGUUACCACCUCGGUGAGUUACUUCAAAACAACAACACUAUCCACAAUUUGGUGUUAGCAGGAUGUCGAAUAGGGCCGAAGGGUGCAUGGAGACUGCAAGAUGGAAUUUCGGACAGCCAAACAUUGACCCAGUUAGAUCUCUCCGAGUGCAACCUUGGUGCCGAAGGCUUUGCGUACAUUGAGUCAGCAGUUUGUCAGAGCGAUCAGCUGAAGGAACUUGUUUUGAAUGACAAUCAGUUGGACGAAUCUUGUGCCAAUGACCUGCAACAUUUGAUCACAGCUUCUGAUACAUUGACGAAGUUGAGAUUAUCAUGGAAUUCCUUGUACAGUGCGGAAACAUGGAAGAAGUUGGGCAAAGCGAUAGAGGCCAACGAGGUAUUGGAGGAGCUUGAUUUAUCAUGGAACGCGUUGGGCAACGAAUGUGUGAACUAUCUACGAUCAUUAUUAUCUCAUUCUCCAUCCGUGAGGAAACUGAUCAUGACUGGAAACAGGUUUAACGAGGAGGAUGCUGCAAUCAUCGCCAGAGGUCUGUCGAAAAAUGAAACGCUGGAGGAGUUGCAUAUAGGUAACAAUCCCUUGAAGGCAGAAGGUGCGUUCGAACUUAUUCGAGCAAUCACGCCUCAAGUGUCUCCGGGAAGUCGGCUGCGGGUUUUGGAUCUCUCACACAUCUGGGCGAAGAAAAAUGCGUUACCCGAACUGCAAGCCAUCGAAGAAGGACCGGACGUGAUGGCGUUAAUUUUCAAGAGGGCUAACUAUGAGGCAAUGAAGCCAAAAAGGAAACAACAACGCAAGAACUUCGGACAUUUUAUCCUUUCCCUUGAGGACGGCUUUGUCUCUAGAUCACGCUUCCUACAAGUAGUAAAAUCCUUCAGACUUAAGCUGUCUACAACUUUGCUAGAUGCUAUUACCAAAGCAUUUGCUGGUCCAAAGAACACUGUAAAUCUAGAUCUGUUAAAGUCGAUUUAUAUAACUCAAUAUCCUGACACAGAACCUCCUCCAGAAAAACCUGAAAAGAAGAAAAAAACUCCUAAGCAUACUAAACCAAAGAAGAAGGCUGAGGGUACUGAAUCAAAAACGACGAAGAAGUCGAACAAAGUGAAGAUGCGGAAGACAAAGAAGAAAUAACAAUCAAUUUUAAGAAAAGGAAAUUAGAUUCAAAUAUUGAGAAAUAUUGUGAGUUUAUUAAAUCUUUCUAACAUUAUGUAAACAGUUCAUGUAAAAAAAAAGGAAUAAUCGCAUUACUUCUCUCUUCAUGGGACAAAAAAUAAAUAAAGUGAAAAAAUUACAAUACUA